UCUAGAAUUGCUGUACUUAAUUUGCUGAAAUUGAAAGAAAGAAGAAGAAGAAAAAAAUUAAAUUAUAGCACAAUUGUAGGAAAAUGGCUACAACGCAAUCCUACGAAGAUUUGGAAGCGAAAUAUGAAACAGAGGAAACGUCUGAAUCAGUCAUCUUGGUUGUUCACAUGCCUGAUGGUUUUGCAAGAGAGCAUAUUGGAGCUAAAAUUGAGUACGAUUCUGGAAGGGUGAGAGUUCACGGUGAAAGAUCACUUGGAAACAAUAGAAGGGCACGUUUCAAUGCAUUAUAUCAAGUUCCAGAAUAUUGUGACAUCAACAAAAUUAAGGGGAAGUUUGAUGGCAAAACUGUCAUCAUUACAAUUCCAACGAUUCCAGGGAAAGUACCUAAGAAAGAAACACAACCAACUGAACAAGAACCACCCAAAGAACCAUCACAAGAAGCAGAAUCAAAUCCAGAGGAAGAAAAAGAAGGUACUCCUCCUUCAGAUGAUAAUCAAGAAAGUAAAGAAGAGACUGGCCAUGUGACUUCAACUUCAAACCCACCAAAUGCCUCACAAGAAGAGUCUAUGGAUCAAAAGGGUCAAGAGAGAAUUCCCCAAAAAGCUACACUUAACAAAGUUGAAAGUGAAAAACAUGUUGGUCAAGAGGCUUCUUCAACUUCAACGCCACCAAAAGACACACAAGAGUCUAAGGCUCAAAAGGGUCAAGAAGGAAUUCCCACACAAGUUGCUCACGAGGCUUCUUUAACUUCAACCCCACCACAAGACACACAAGAGUCUAUGCCUCAAAAGGGUCAAGAAGGAAUUCCCUCAAAAGACACCAUUACAAAAGUAGAUAGUAAAAGUCAAGUUGGUCAUGAGGGUUCAACUUCAACCCCAUCACAAGACCCACAAGAGUCUAUACCUCAAAAGGGUCAAGAAGCAAUUCCCCCAAAUGCUACACCAACAACAAAUGCCAAGCUUCAAGGAGAGGAAAAGUUUGAAGGGGAAAUUGAUGAAAAUGUGGAAAAGCAAAAGGUUCUAGGAAAGGAAGAAACUAAAGACCAUUCCGAGAAGCCUUUGGAAUCAGGAAAGCCACCUGAGAAGGCUGUGGUGGAUGAUUCCCCCAAAAAAGAAGGCAAAGAAGAAAGUAAAGGGUUGGCCGCAUUUGAAGGAGAGAAGGGAAGGGAAAUAAAUGGGAAAAUUGGCAAUGAUGUUGUUGGAAGAAAGAGUGAUAAGAAGGCCAAGCCUGACUCAACAACAAGGGCAACAAUUAAGGAAGUGGUUGCUUCUGCUUCUCAAGCUAUGACUAGUCUAGCAAAGAAGUUCAAUGAAGAAGAUAAACAAAGGAUAGCAUGCAUGGGUACAGCAGUUCUUGUGGUGGCACUAGGAGUUUAUGCUACCUACAAGCUUCGUUCACGUGUACCAUAGGCAAUUAAUGGCACCAUAUCUAUUUCCUUUCACAUGGUUCUUUUCUUAAAAAAAAGUUUCCUUUCAAUAAAUAAGGACUUGCAAAGA